AUGGUCCGUUUUACUGCUUUCGAAAGUGAUACCGAGAGCGACGAGGACAUUCAGCUUUCCCCCGACUCGAGUCUGCGACGGUCGAUAGGACUCAGGGCUCCCAGCGACGAUGAAGACUCCGAGGCCGAGGUCGAACGGGAAGCACAGGCACAAGAGGCACAAGACGAAGAGCAGGAUGAAGCACCCGUGGAGGAAGAAGAACGACCGCGCGAAGGACGCUCGUCACCUCUGCGGGCUUCCGACCUCGAGACACCGCAAUCCUCACUUGUACGCCGCCCACCAUCCCCGCCGAGACAGCCCCCGCUCCCUCCUGACCGUGCGCUGACACCAUGGGCUCGGAGCGUCGGCGUCGACCCGCAAAAAAUGAAAGUCAUGCAGAGCGUGUUCUUCAGGCUGCCAGAGCAGGCCGAGGCUCUCAAGGCUGAGCAGCAGCAGCAGCAGCAGAAACAGGCAAAGACUCCUCGAGCCCAAUCCGCUCUCCGCAAGUCCAUGAAGAUGAGUCGAAAACAUGGCAGGGAGUCGGACGGCGAGAUGCACCGGUUCGGGUCGCAGGAGAGGGUGUCGUUCGAGACGCCUGUGGUCGGCCUCGCUCCCCGCCCCGUACGAAAAUUCACCCGAAUAUCGACAUCUGAGUCUACGGUGCUAGGAAAGGAGUCACUCCGAGCAGAUGCGGGCCUCGCCCUGGGCAGAUCAUUCCGCGUAGGCUGGGGACCCGGUGGGAAGCUAGCACACGUAGGAACGCUAUGUACCCCUUCCGCUUCACCGAAACCCGAUGUGGACCUGUCGACGGUGACGGUGACUUCGCUGCCGAUCGAGCCCGAACCUCUGGCGGUCUACCGGGGCCUCUUGCAACAGCACUUCAACAUUGCCGUCUUUCAGCUCGACGCCUCAGACAUCCCCUUCGCCACGCACUCACCAUCCGCGAAGCUCGGCUUCUCCACCUUCCUCAGCGCGCUCUCCGACGCCGGGCAGACCGGCAGCUUCGAAGAGUCGCUCUUCCGCCUCGGGCACGCGCUGUUCGACGACCUCGACCCGAGGCUCGGCGCGAGCGUGCCCGCGGAGGUGCGCGGCCGCAUCCUCGCGCUGCGGCGCAAGCACGCGCUGUCGCGCUGGCUGCAGGACGCGGUCGCGCCGGCGGUGGAGCGCGACCUGCGCGAGCGCGCCGCGCUGGGCGACGCGAGCAAGGCGUUCCUGCAUAUGACGGGCAACCAGAUCGCAAGGGCGUGCGACGUCGCGAUGGAGGGCGGGUACGCGAAGCUCGCGACGCUCAUCGCGCAGGCGGGCGGGGACGAGGAUUUCCGCGCGGAUAUUUUGCAGCAGCUCGAGGUGUGGCGCGAGGAGAAGGUGGAGGGUAUGAUCGAGGCGGGGGUGAAGAAGGUGUAUGCGUUGCUCGCGGGCGCGCUGGGCGAGCAUGAGGUGUGGAAGGAUCUGGACUGGAAACGCGCGUUUGGGCUGUGUUUGUGGUUUGGCCAGAAUGGGGAGGCGGGGAUCGCGGAUGCGUUCAAGCAGUACACGGAUGCGUAUAAGGGCGCCAGUGAGGGAGCGGGGAUGACGCCUCCCUUGCCUUGGUAUGCGGAGGCUGCGCGCGCAAAGUCACCGUGGAAGGUGCACAAGAAUGGUGACCCGCCAGAUAUCCUCUACUCCCUGAUCAGGUUAUACGCCGACCCGACAUGCUCCCUGGCGACGAUUCUGACCCCAUUGUCGUGCUCGCCCUCUCCGCUGGACUAUGCCAUGUGCUGGCAUCUCUACAUACUCCUGUCGCGGAUCAUGCGGCUCCGCGACUUCCCUGAUCGAGCGAGGCCACCUCGCAGGAGACGCAGGUCAGAAGAAGACGAGGAGGGUUAUGGUGAGGAGGACGAGGAGUCUGAGGAAGAGGAGGAGGCCGUGGAAGGCCACAGCCCUACGGCGGAUUUGCUGGCCAGCAUGUACGCGCAUCAGCUUGAGCGAGCCGGCCGGCUGGAGCCCGCGAUAUUUGUGUUGUUACAUAUCGAAGGCAGUGAAGGGCGGGAAAGAGCUAUCAAGGAGGUGCUUCUGCGCUCUGUGGAUUUACUCGAAGAUGGCGUAGUGAGCAACCUCAUCGGCGUGAUGAAGAUCCCGCUUGCGUGGAUCAACGAGGCGAAGGCUCUCCGCGCCUUGUCCAAGGGGAGGGUCUGGGAAGCGUACGAGCUGUACAAGGCCGCACUGCUGUACGAGAAAGCCCACGACCUCGCGGUGCGCCAUCUAGCGCCGGAAGCUGCGAUCAGAGGCGACAUGGACCUCUUGAAGCAGCUCUUCCAGGGCAUGGAAGGGAAGGUUGCGUGGUAUAAUAUGCGGGGAAAGAUUUUCGUGGACUACGCAGAUAUCGGAACGACGCUCCCGCCUCUCCUCUUCGAGCUGCGGGCAGAGCCAAACGCGAUUCCCGACGCAGCUCAGAAGUUCGUCGUCGAAAAUAUGUCCAACUUGAUACCUCGGUUGAUCGGGCUCUUGCCCGACAUUCUGUCUGACCGCUCGGACCCGCGACAUCGCGCAGCUCUCAGGCAUAUGACGGGGAAGCUCAUGAGUGCACUCGCAAAACUCAAGGCGGCGAAUUUGACUCAGACGCACAUCCAGAUCAAGUCUGCGGACGAGGGCGCUCGGUUGGAGUACCUCCACGCCAGCCUAUACGAAAACUUCCUGAAUAACAUGCGGACGGUAACCGCGUCCGCGUAA